CAUGCAGCUGCAGAUGCUGGCGGCUAAAAUAGAGGAGGAUCAGUGGAGGCGAGAAGCUGCGUCAGUUCCACCAUCAACACUUCCUGCUGCCAUCAGUAUGGGUGUGGAUCGUCAGUCCCAUGAUGCCUUGCUGGCAGAGGUAGCAAGGCUGCAGGUGGCUCUGGAGGACGUCAGGCGGGACGUCCAGGUUCUGUCUGAGUCCAGGGACAGCUGCCGACAACUCGAUGGAGUCCAGCAGGCGAUCUCAGCACAGGUUUCCGCUCAGGUGAGUGAGGAGGUUCGGGCCCUCGUCUACGGGAAUCAGGUGACAGUGGCAGGCGGAGGAGACUCCAACACUCUCCCAGAGUCGCUUCUCCAGUGGCUGUCGCAGCGCUACAUCAGUAGGGCUGACCUGCAGGUGGCGCUGUCAUCUCUGGAGCACAGCAUCCUGCAGAACAUCAACCUGCAGCUGGUGCAGCAUCGCAGCAAGGAGAUGGUCAGAGAGGCCGUCGUGCAAACCACCGGGGCUGCUGGGGCCGCCGUCAGCCAGGAGGACGUCCACGUGAUCGUGAAGAACGCUCUGCGGCUCUUUUCCCAGGACCAGACUGGCCUCGCAGACUACGCUCUGGAGUCUGGAGGGGGAGGUGUUCUGAGCACUCGCUGCUCUGAGACCUACGAGACGAAGGCGGCGCUGCUGAGUCUGUUCGGAGUUCCUCUCUGGUAUUUCUCUCAGUCUCCUCGAACUGUCAUCCAGCCGGACGUCCAUCCAGGAAACUGCUGGGCGUUCAGAGGCUCCACAGGUUUCCUGGUGAUCCGUCUCUCAAUGAGGAUCCUCCCCACCGCCUUCUCCCUGGAGCACAUCCCCAAAGCCCUGGCACCCAGCGGGGCACUGCACAGCGCUCCCCGAGACUUCAGUGUCUAUGGUCUGGAAGACGAGCGUCAGGACAGAGGGAAGCUGCUGGGAGCAUACACGUAUGACGAGGAUGGAGAAGCUCUGCAGACGUACCCCGCUGCUGAGGAGAAUGAUCAGAUGUUCCAGAUCAUCGAGGUGAAGGUUUUGUCCAACUGGGGCCACCAGGAGUACACGUGCAUUUACCGUUUUAGAGUGCACGGGACGCCCAGUGAGGUCUGAGGCCCACGUUCACAAAUUUAACGUCAAAGUGAGGUUUUGAACGUCAUCGUCAGAGUUAACAGGAGGAAAGAUUAAAACAUGAUUCCUGUUUUUAGAGAACUUGAAGAAAUGUGUUUUUUACUGUAAAUAAAUUAUUGAAUAAUCUGGUCCAGAGCAACACAUGAAAUGAAAACAGUGAUGUUCAAAUCUGCUGUGAAAGUAAAGGAGCAGAUGAA